AUGUUCCAUCCUUCAUCCUCGUCGCCACCCAACUACAGUGACCUCUCCAUGCACCAUGCAGUGGGCUUCUCCUCUGCUGUGCCCACAGCUCCGACUGAAAUUCCUCGAGGGGGUUUCUUCCACGGCAACGGUGGCUUGCUAGCACUUCCCAAUGUUGCUGCUUCAGCGCCGCCUCCCUACCCAUCUUCCCUGCCUUCCUACUACAUACAUAGCAACAUCAACUCGCAUUUCCUCCCUAUUCAAGUCCAGUUGUCUGAACAGCUCAGCAGUAAUGCCACCUUUUCUUGCUCGUCUCCUUCGGCUUCGGCAUGCCAGUUGCCUCUUCCCCAUGUUCCUUCUUCCCCUUCCUCAUCUUCCGGUGACCUUUUGGAGUUCAGAACUGGAGCCAUGCGGCGUGUCUUCAGUACUGGUGACCUCCAGGUGAUGAAUGUCGCGGCGUCUCCACCACCGCCACCACUUUCAGGUGACCCACACGGCCAAGAUGCAGGGGUGCCUUUCACUCAGAAGGUUGGCCGUUACAGCGCUGAAGAACGCAAGGAGAAGAUUGAGCGUUACCGUACGAAGCGUAACCAGAGGAACUUCCACAAAAAGAUCACUUAUGCCUGCAGGAAGACGCUGGCGGACAGCAGGCCCAGGGUGCAGGGCCGCUUCGCGAGGAAUGCCGAGACAGAGGCCGAGGCUGUUGCAGGCCACGAGAGGGAGGCCUCAGACAACAACAGCUACGAGCACUGUCACUACAGCGACCUCACCACCACCACCACCACCACCAGCAGCAGCAGCUGCUGCUACGACACCCAGUGCAGGGAAAGUGGCAAAACCACAACAUUUGACGACGGCAAGUGGUGGUGGGAAGCACCGGUGGCCGCGCCAGCUGCAGCCAAUGGGCAUCAUGGGCACCAUCAGUACCAGCAGCAGCUUCUUGAUUUUGACAUCGACAUGGACAUGGACGGAGAUGAUCUGUGGGCCAGACUGGCUGACAUGUGCUCUGGGACCUGA